UCAACUGGCCCAUUUGCGUCUGGGUGCUCAUCGUGGGUAUCUCCGCUCCAGCUGCUUGCUAAAAUGCUCUAAGCUCCUCCGUUCACCACCCCGCUGGAGUAAUCUUCUCGUGAACCAUGACGAAUGUGUGGGGCAAACUGGUGCUGAAGUUCUUCAAGUAUGCGCCAAGCUAUGUGGUCUGCCUGAGCUUCCUGCCCUGCGGCAUGAUCUUCGGCUAUACGAUCUGUGCCUUUGUCGCGGAACGGAAUCUGAACUCGGGAUUGACCUACUAUGGUCCGCUGAUCCUGGGCGCCUGCUGGGCGCUCCUCACUGCCCUGGCCAUGCUGGGGGUCAAGCUCGUGAAGAAGUGCAUCGUCUAUUGGCAGCCGUGGCUGCUCCUCUUCGCCGGCAUCUUCAACCUCGUCGCCAGCUGCUUUUACUUUCCCGAUGGAUUUGACCACGUCGGAGCCUACAUCUCGUACGUGGCGCACAGCACCACCUUCGUGGCCGGCCUCAGCUUCCUGCACACGAUCAGCUCGAAGGGCAGCCGGGCGCUCCUGAUCUCGGCCAGCUGCAGCUGCUACCUGCUGGGCGUGGCCUCGGCGGUCAGUCUGAUAGUGGCCGCCUACAGCCGGAAUGUGGAGAAGUGGGCGGGUCAAGAGGCGAGCACGGAGCAACUGAUCGACUUGAUCUACGUGAACCUCGCGGGUACGUAUUUGAGUGUGGCUGGCGUUAUCCUGGCCAUCCUGGUGGGCCAGAAGGUGCUGCACUUUCUGGGCAGGGUAGACCUGGAGAACAGCAUGGACAACGACCUGCGGAUAGCCAACUCCAAUGGCAGCAUCUUCGAGAGCCGACCGGAGGUGAUCAAGCGGCUGCAGUUCUUCUACGUGACCAAGAACCAGCAGUGGAACAUGAUGCUGCUCCUGCUCUUCACGGAGGCCGUCCAGUUCGCCCUGUUCGUGUACUUUGUCUACUGGUUCGCCCUGAAUCCGGCCAUCCGGCUGACGGCAUUCUCCGGUGUGGACGCCAUGUUCUGGGUGAUCUUCGGCGGCAGUCUGCUGGCCCUCGUCUGCCAGUGGUUCCUGUCCGUGAAGGUCACCUUCGUGGGAUCGCAGGUGGCCCUCGUCUUCUGCACCCUGCUGGCCAUGAUCCUCGGCAGCGCCACGGAGUCCAGGUGGCCGCUCUGGCUGCUCCUCGUCCUCUUCGGCCUGGCCUACUCCAGCCAGCAGAUCGCCCUGCUGGAGGUCACCCAUCUGCGCUUCACCGAGUGCAUCAUAUGCGCCUCCUACAUCCUCAAACUGGUCUGCACCAGCAUGGUGUACUUCUACUUCGUGGCGGAUGCGAAGAACUCCUACUUCUACGCCACCGACUCGAGCACCCUAAUGGCCCAGGGAUUCGUCUUCAUGAUCAUCACCUCGCUACUGGCCCUGGUCGUCGGCAUGAAGCUCCCGCGGACGCAUCGCGCCCAGCUGCUGGAGAUCCAGUACGAGGUGUACGGCAUCAUCUUCAUGAAGCACCAGAUCGAGCAGCUCAACGUCCGCUGGCUGAACGACGGCACCAUUCCCACCAUCAGUCAGUGAGCCUGAAAGUCGCGGAAUUAAUUUAUAGAGCACUCCCUCUAUCUAAACGUAGUGUUUCUUACUUUAUUCAAAAUACUCAGUAUUUAAUUGAUCAAAAAUAAAUCGACUUCUCUGUCGGGAA